UGUUUGAUCUAUAUAUUAUACGCUGUCAAACAGAAUUUGUUCGUUUGAUAUUUUUAAUUUUCAAUUCCCUUUAAAAGAAUGUCCGCUGGCAUAGAAGUUAUAAAUGAAAACCAAGAAAAUUUGGAAUGCCCAAAAACGGCAAAAAGUCAUUCCAAAUACAACUGUUUAGACGAUAUUUCUCGGGGCCCCCGAAUGACAAAAGAAUUCAUUAAGAAACACUGCAAAGAGCACAAAUUGUACCAAACACCGCACUUAAACGACGUCCUGUAUUUGCAUUUUAAAGGUUUUUCGAAAAUUGAAAAUUUGGAAGAAUACAUAGGAUUAAAAUGCCUUUGGUUGGAAAACAAUGGAUUAAUCGAAAUAAGCGGUCUUGAAAAUCAAACAGAACUGCGAAGUUUAUUUUUGCAUUAUAAUCUUAUUAAAAAAAUUGAAAAUCUAGACAAGUGUACCAAACUGGAUAGCAUAAAUUUGUCGCAUAAUUUGGUCAGAAAAAUCGAGAAUUUGGAUUGCAUCCCCCAACUCCAUUCUCUGAACCUUGGCAACAAUUACAUAGAAACAUUGGACGAAAUAGAACACCUGGAAAAAUUACAGGAGUUGUCCAUACUUGACUUGUCAAACAAUCACAUAGACGAAGCUUUGAUAGUUCAAACGUUGAGCAGAAUGAAAAAUUUACGCGUGGUCAAUCUCAUGGGGAAUCCCGUAAUUCGAAAAAUACCGCAGUAUAGGAAGACACUCAUAUUGUCAUGCAAAAACUUGAGAUAUCUUGAUGACCGUCCGGUAUUCCCAAGGGAUAGGGCUUGUGCAGAAGCUUGGGAACGAGGAGGCUUUGCCGAAGAACAAGCUGAAAGACAACGUUGGAUCGACAGAGAAAAUGCAAGAAUAAUGGACAGCGUUUAUGGACUCUUGCGGUUGAGAGACCAAAGAAGAAACAACAAUCGCGUUCCGCAGCAAGAUAGCGGAAUGGGGACCUCAUUGCAAGACUCGGAAUCAGAACAGGACAGUCUUAGUGACAAUACUCGUUCUGAACUUGCCCAAAACGAAGCCAAUAGCGCCAGAAGAGAUGAUUCAACCGAAUACAAUCCCACACCCCAUCUGGACAGAUUCAGAAUUGGCGUUUAUGUCCAAGAAGACGCUGAAGAAAAUCCAAUAAGCCAGUCCACAUCCCAUGCAAACCUUUCGGAAUUACCAUCCGAGGACGAGGCAGAAAUACUACCCGAUGACGAACGCAACAAUAAUAAUAAAGAGGAUGAAACCCUGUUUGGUGAUCUAUUUACAGAAAGAAGUGAAAGCGAACAGCACCCAAUAAAUAAUAGCGAACAAAGUGAUGAAGAAGAAACAUCUGAAGAAGAAGAUGGAAGCGAUAGUGACAGCAGUAGUAGCGUUGACUUUAUGAUGAAUGGAGAAACUGAUGAAAACUAUUUGGAUUACAGGGAAUGCAUUAACGAUUUUAGUCCAAAGAAGAAACGAUAUCUAAAGAAAAAAAUGCCCCCGCUGAUCGAAGAAAUAUUUGCGGAAAACGAGACGCAACGAAAUGCUGCUGACGAGGAUACGAACGUGACCGAAACGUUGCAAGAAAAUAGACUGAAAGAAGAAAAAGAAGAAAGAGUUAACCAUAUCACAAAAGAAGAAUGGCUACGAGCUGUGCAGAAUUCAGAUCUGGAAGAAGUACAAAAAAGCACAGAACAAUUAGAAGAGCCAAAAGAAGAAAAGGUUGACACACUGGAACAAUCGUUCCAAAAAUUGAUGGCGUCUUUGAAGGAAGAAAGAGACGGACUAAAGUACGCUAAAUAUCCAAAAGAUUCGUCUACAAGUAACGAAGAAAGAGAAACAAAAACGAAACACAAUGAUAACAGACACUUUGAUGACCUGAUUUCUUCAAAGCAGGAUCUCAAUGAACAAAUUCAAGAGAAACUCGAAACAAAUGAAUAUAGCAAAGAGAACGAUGUUGUUGAACCAAAAAUUUAUGAAGAAUGUAGUGCAUCAACUGAAGCAAAUGGUGAUGGUACAAUAACGUGUUCGUCAUUAAACGAAAACGGUGUCGAUACCAACGAGGAAAAGUCAUUCAAAGAUGCCGGAGUCACUGCUUCGCUUGAACCAGAAGCUACGCCAGAUCAAUUAAUGGCAGACGAAAAUAAAACCGAAUCGUCAUCAGAUGAAGAAAGUGACGACGAAUCUAAGACGUACUACGAAAAGAUCGAUAAAUACGCGACACCGUUAGCGGAGCGCCUUGAAGAUGUAAUCGGAGAAGACGAAGAUCAAAUAUUCGAGGUCAUGACGAGGGAUGAAAUGAAGAAAAAGUCGCAAGACGUCGUCGAAGAGAAAGUACGAAAAAUAUUACCAUCAGAAGAUGAAGAAACAAAAGACGGCGAAAACAAAAUAGGAACAAUAAAAGACAACGAAAUCGAAGAAAUGUUUAAAUCUGAAGUUUCCACUGGACAUUGCGUCACCGAAAACAUAGCUGAAGAAACGAAAGCUAAAGGCGAAAAAUUGUAUAAUAAAAUUGGAAAUCGAGAACACGAGUCAAUCAAAGAACUGCUCAAAUGGGACAAGAAACUCAACUGCGAGAAGUUGCACUUCUUACUGCCACGCAAAAAGGUGGAGCGCAACUUAAUCGUACCAUGCCCAAAUAAUGAUAGCACUCUGCCAAAAUUCCUCACUUCACCUUCUUUACAACCGUCAAGUAGUAAGGUUUUAUUUGGGUCUCAAAGACCUUACUACCAAGAAAAUGCUUCAGCAUGUGUCGAAAAAAUUGGCGAUAUUCGAAAAAUCAUGAGCGAUUUCGAGAAAGAACUGGGCGAUUUUAUAGAAGAGCAUGGGGAUUCUUUUAGAAAGACUCUAAAACAAUCAAUGGCGCUAUUAAAGCAGUUUGAUAACAACCUUGCAAAUAAAAAAUCAUUUUUCGAUAAAUUAACGAAUAAAGUGAGUGUUUCCGAAGAGGAAAAUCAACCACAAAUUAAAGAAAUAGACGAAGAAGUGUCUAACGACAGUCUUUUAUUGAUCAAAAAAGACAAUUGGGUAGAAACAAACAAAAAUAUAAGAAAUACAUUAACAAAUGAUGACACCAAACAAACAAUAGCAGACGAAGAAGGCGCGGUUAAAAUAGUUGAAGUUGAUUCUUUACAAAAAAUCGCUAGGCGUCUUGUCGAAGAAAACCGAAGUCAACACCUGAACGUUCAAUCAACGGAAUCAAAUGAAAACAAUAAACAGAAUGAUAACACAAACAAACCGAAUUUAGAAUCAGACGUUACUAGCGACGUUAUGAUUAAUGUAGCCAAAGAAAACAUUGUAGAGAGCGACCGCAACGAUCAGGACGAUAUUAUUGCAGAUUGCGUAAUAAAAAGAAACGUAACUUGCACAUUAGAAAUGCAAUUGGCUAGAGAGGAAGAGUAAAAUUCUAUUAGUUUAUAAAUUAUGCUUUUAUCU